GUUGCUCUUUGCGGUGAUAUGUUUUCAAAUCGACAGAAAGGGGGGACUUUUAGUUUUUCACAGUACUGAUGUUGACAUCAAGCCAAGAGUGAGGUGGGGGAGAUUUCUUGUAAUCCUACCCCCGCUUGGGGUCGUCAAGAAACGCGCUACUGUAACACGUUGGAGUCGUCACAUACCCAAAGCACAUCACUUCAGUCAGGAGGGGAAAACCACGCCUCUUGCAGGGAAAUUCCGCUGACCUGAUAUAUAAGCAUUGAAGCACUGCCAUACCUCAGAAUAACGCGAGAACUACUGGUGAACAACGAAUCUGUAUAUAUCUGUGUAUUCUUUAACAAUCCCGAUACACACUUGGAUUACAAUCAUGACACUGGAACUAGAAGAGAUCUUUGGACAGGAGAGCGCACUCGACGCCACAGAUAGAGUGCAAAGUGCAGGCACAGCCCUGGAGGAGUUGUUGGUGUCUGCAAAGAAGCAGGACUACCUUACCGUUGGAGUCUAUGAGUCUGCCAAAAUUAUGAAUGUUGAUCCAGACAAUGUGGCAUUCUGCGUUCUGGCGACAGACGAGGAGUACGAAUGCGACAUCGCUCUCCAGAUCCACUUCACCCUCAUCCAGGCUUUCUGCUUCGAUAAUGACAUAAACGUGGUACGCGUUAACGAUAUCGAGCGCCUGGCUGAACUCGUGGGCACAGAAGAGGCCGGCGAACCUAAGGACGCACAUUGCAUUCUUGUCACGAGCCCUGGUGCUGAGUCUUGGAAAGACCCUGCUCUGGACGAACUGCAUCUGUUUUGUGAGGAGAGACGCAGUGUGUAUGACUGGGUUCCCACCAUCACUCUCCCUGAACGCUGAACAACCAACCCUCUGCAUGCUUCAUUUGUUGAUGAUGAAGAUGAUGAAGAGAGCAUACAAUGACCGGAACCUCGGGGUUUGAAGUCUGCCUAUUGGAAUACACGGCUGUGGCUGUAACCCAGGACUCAAUGUGCAGUCUGGGAUGGCAGUGCAGUUUCUGGAUUACCCCGUGGAGGGGUCAGGGCUCACAUGUGGACUGGCUCAGGUAUAUGUGGACUGGGCCCAUGUCAUGUCAUUAAAGCCUGGACCAGGGUGAGGAGUUGAACUGGACUGGACUCUGCAGUACAUAGAUCAUGAUCCUAUAGCUGCUCUGACAAGGGCCAAUGGUAAGGGGUGAACGGAGGAGAUGGUCAGAGAAAGAAAGAUAAGGGAGAAGAAACUGAUGAGUGAAAAUGUGUAACAUGAUUGGAUGUAAGGUGGUGGCAGAAAGACACGUGAAAGAAGGUGAAUAACACAAGAGAAAGGAAAAUAUUGGACUUUUCCAAAGCCAAUGGGCAAUGCUCGGAUUGAAACUCAAACAUUCAUUUUCUUAACAUUAUUAUUUUCUUUAUUAUUUUUUGCUGUCAAAUGAUGCAAAAACACAUGCAACGUUGUUCUGUUUGUUAUGAAACUGUAAAAGCAUUUUACACAAUUUCUUAAUAAAUGCUUUAAACUUUA